AAUGUAAGCCGUUGUCGAGUCAAUAUAUAUAGAGAGAGAUAUGUGUAGAGCAGAGUGGUGUACGCACUCGGUAUGAAACAGAGCGCACGCGAUACUAAGAAAAUAAAAGGAAGACUAUUUCAUUGUGUUCGGUGCAUUCGGUGCGAGAGCGAGUGCGCUUUUCAAAAUUGAUCUGACGGUUUUGCUUCUCCUUUUUUGUCAUCUUUUAGUGUGAUUGUUGGAGUGCGAGCUCACGGAUAUUUUGACUAUUAUCCAGCCGAAAUAUAAAUACACAUCGGGAGAAGAGAAUUGAAUUAAGAAAAAAAAAAGAAGAAGAAAAUAAACAAUAUAAAGAUCGUUUGGCACAAACAUUUAUCUGUGACCGAUUAUCGGAGUUAGUGAGCGCGGCGUAGUGUCGUAACUCUUUUUUCUACACAAAUAAUUUUUUCGUUCAGUUUUCUCGUGUGUUCACCCAAAGUGCUCGACAGCCAGUGUGUUCUGUGUGGAUCAUUUUGUUUUUUUGCUACUGAUGUUGUUGUUGUUCAUAUUCCUUUCCGUUGUGUUUCAUUUUCAUUCUGAGUUCACAGUGAGUUGAGUGCGCGGCAUCUAUUAAUAUUGGAUUUUUGAUGCAAAAAACUUUAUUUUUAUUGUUCUCAUCGUUUACUCGACGCGACUCACGAUUCACAUUUCAUCGUCUAUUUGCACUUACAAUACACACAUGUCGAACGUCGCUUUUUUUUCCCUUGUGUUUUGUUUUCCGUAAAUAUUUGAAUAGUUCAAAUAUUAGUUAAACACCGACAACCAACGAGCGAGCGAGCGCGCAGAAUAGAGAGACAAUAUUUUUUGUGUGUGUCAUGCUUAAGCAUAUACAGUGCAGUUAAUUUUAUUUUUUCGCUCUGCUACUUCUGUGCUGUCAGUUAGAAUUGGGAAUUGUUUACACGUUUGCUAAUUCAUAAAUGAAAUUUUUAUCGUUAGUUUUUGAAUGAGAUACGUUUUGGAUACGAAUGCGUUCUUGUCAAUAAUUGAGAAUGGAAAAAGCGAUUCAGAACAAUUUGUUCAGAGACAUAAAUAUCAAACAAACAAAAAUAACGACAAAAAAAGAACCGUACUCUUCGAAUUUGGUGUACGAGUCAUAGUAAAAUCUUACGCGUGUGCGACAAAACUCAAACUGUAACUCAGUUAAUAGUGUUGCGUUCCAUCGAUCAAGGCCGUUGGACACCGAACCGGAGCAAAGUGUGAUUAUUAUCGGAAGUGGAACUGUGGACAUUGAAUCAUAAAAUAAAAUAAAUAAUUCACAACGACAUUGCAGUAAAUACUCUAUACAUGGUGUCCCAAAGUGCAGUUUAUGUUCGAAUUGACAUAUACACACAACCACACGAUACAGAAGAAGAGAGUGUGACACCGCACAUAUGCCAAACGAAAGGCUUGAUGCCUCCUGCAAAGCCAGUCAAAGCUUAUGUCAUUUUGAUAAGAGCCAUUACAAAUCUGUGGCAUUAAAUAACUAAUUCAUAUCGAAACAAGUGAAAAAAUGCAAACAAAUCAGAAUCUAUUUGGCAAUGUGAACAAACAUAUGGUUAUGAUUCGAUUAUAAAUGCGAUUAAUCCGUAGUAAGAGCGAACGCGCGCGUACGUUAAAUUUGAUUACGAUACGGAAUCGAAACGAAUUGAAUUGCAUUGGUUCGAAUUGUGAGUGUGUGUGCUGGCAGCAAUAAUAGUAACAACAACAACGUGAUAUUUCCGUAGCAAGAGCAAGAUAGAGAGCUCAUUCGGCAUGAAUGUUUUCAAAUACCAAUUAUGAGUAUCAGCCGCAUUGAGAUUUGGUUCCAUUCCACUGAUUUUAUUGACUGAAUGGUGAAGCGGUGCGCGCGUGUUCUCAGGCACAUUAUUGGAAAUAGCGACCAACGAACGUACGAAAGAGAGAUAGAGAGAGAGAAAGAGAGAGAGAGGGCGAGAUUUGCAUGUGUAUGUAAUCCGUUUUGGAAAUAUGUCGUUUAAAAGUGAUAAACCCAUAUUAGAUCAGCAACAGCAACAGCAGCACCAUCAUCAUCACAACCACCAGCACCAACAACAUUUAGCCAUCGCUCCUCCACCAUCGCAUUCGUUUCGCCAACCGUACGCCGCCGAUACAAAAACCAUGGUGUACACCGCACCGAUUAUGCAUAUUGACAGUGAUAUUAGCAAUUUGAAUAUUUUAUCUAAUAACAAUAAUAACGUAAUUAAUAAAGUUCCUGAACCGGUUCGCUCAUAUGAAACGAUUAAUAAUAACAACAAUAUCAUGGAUUGUAUGCAACAGCUUCAGCAAUAUCAGCAAGUACAGUUAAUGAAACCGACUACUGAAUCUGGGUAUGGCUCAGACGAAUUCCCACAUGACAGUCCUGUAGGUAGCACGAGAUAUGCGUCACCAAAAGCCGGUGGCGCAUUGUAUCAACCAGAACCGUACUUUGAUUCCACUAGCGGCACAUGGUAUUCAUCUCCAUCAAGCGCAUACGCGCCACAAUCAUCAGCUUCGACGUAUCAUCACAUCUCACCUCACUUAGGACCGCCCCAUGGACAUGAUCACUACUCAUUAUCACCAGGCGUUACACACGAUGGCCACAUACAGCAAACCCUACCGCCGAUGAGUACGUUUCGUGGCACGGGUGUUUCAGCCCAAGCAGGCGCACCACAUUCACCUGUAAUGUACAAUCAACAACUAGCGGCGCAUCAUCCACAUUCGCAACAUAGUCCGGCUAUUCAAAAUGAUACAAUUGUUGGCAAAGCAAUGCAAACCAUGUUCACAUCAACGGAAAUGUUUACGCCGACAGGGACAGACCAAAUAAUGGCACCAUCACCUACACGAACACCUGUCACAGCACAUCCAUCAACACCUGUAAAUUCACCACCGCCGAUUACUUCACAAACCCAACCACCAACCGCUCCUCCAACGCAACAACAAUCAUCUACAACGUGGCAACAAUUGACGUCCCCGCAUCGCCUAGAGAAUGGUUUACAGAAUGGCAGCUAUCCAUCCGAAUUGGUUCCACGAGAACUGCACAUGCCUAAUCUACCCGAUUCACAGCCUGUAGAUGAUGCUAUUGUUUUUCUAAGCAGUACAACCCAACAAACGAAACUGGAAGAGAGUGAAUUAGAUGAUGCCAUCUCUGUAUUUCGUAAUCACUGUGAACCUCAUCCGCUCGGCAUGCCACCGAACAUGGACGGGUCAUACGUUGGACCGUCGCCACUUGUCAACUCAAUCGGUCAACCACCUCAAGAAAACAAUCCAACGAAUGAACCACCAACAACUAUUAAGCUAGAACGUGUGCCAGCUAACUCAAAGAAGCGAAAGGAGCCACCAGAUACGGACACCAAGCCAAGCAGUAGCUCCGUUGAUGGAUCGAAUAAAGGCGGCAAAAGAACAAGACGGUACUGCAAUAGCGCUGACGAAGGUGAAAAUAAUGUAGAUCCAACACACAAAGCCAUAAGAGAAAAAGAACGUCGUCAAGCUAACAACGUUCGCGAACGUAAAAUAUCGCGCAGUUGUUCAAGCGAAGGUGAAGAUGAUGAGGAACCUGCCGUUAAAGCACAAAGAGAAAGGGAGAGACGGCAAGCAAAUAAUGCCAGAGAAAGAAUACGUAUUCGAGAUAUCAACGAAGCGCUUAAGGAGCUUGGUCGAAUGUGCAGCACACACCUAAAAUCCGACAAACCACAAACUAAAUUGGGAAUACUAAACAUGGCUGUUGAAGUGAUCAUGACGCUCGAGCAGCAAGUUAGAGAACGUAACCUAAAUCCAAAAGCAGCUUGUCUGAAACGGCGAGAAGAGGAAAAAGCUGAAGAUGGCCCAAAGUUACCUCAACAUCACAUGCUUUCAAAUGCGUACCCAGCGAUGCCUGUGAGUAAUAUACAGUUCGAUUUCUGAAUCGAGAAGCGGAUCUACAACGAGCCCACAGCAACAUCAUCAUCAGCUGCAGCAGUAAUGGUUUGCAUUGGGACAACAAUCUAGAUUAAAUUUUAUGAAGACUAUGUAAAUUUUGAAAUAAGCAAACAGGAAAAGAAAGCUACAAAACCACGUAAAAAAUGAAAGAGAGAGUGAAGAAGAAAGAAAAAAAAACAAAUACCCUUUAAAAAUUGAGAGAGAAAAAGAAAAUUCAAAUCCAUGUUUAAAAGAAAAUGAGGAAAAUUUCUAUAAAUAAUUUAAACAAAAAAAGAAAACACACACACACACACAGAGACACAAAAGAAAGAUUGAACGGAAACAAACUUUACUAUAUCUUUACUUAUGUAUUAAUAACGCUAUCAGUCUCUAAAGCGAAAGAAGCCUAUAUCGUAUAAAAAAAAUUAGUAUUAAACAAUUUAUUUAAAAAGUGAGAGAAUCCUUAUUGAUAGUCAAUAAAAAUCAAUGGAAUCUUC